AUGAGUCACAAUCACGUACUUCCUGUGAGUGAGCAGAAGAGUCAAAAUCAUGUGUUUCCUGUGAGUGAGCAGAAGAGUCACAAUCAUGUACUUCCUGUGAGUAAGCAGAAGAGUCACAAUCAUGCACUUCCUGUAAGUAAGCAGAAGAGUAACAAUCAUGAAUUUCCUGUGAGUGAGCAGAAGAGCCACAGUCAUGUACUUCCUUUUAGUGAGCAGAAGAGUCACCAUCAUGUACUUCCUGUGAGUGAGCAGAAUAGUCAUCAUCAUGCACUUCCUAUGAGUGAGCAGAAGAGUCACAAUCAUGCACUUCCUGUUAGUAAGCAGAAGAGUCACAAUCAUGUACUUCCUGUGAGUGAGCAGAAGAGUCACAAUCAUACACUUCCUGUGAGUGAGCAGAAGAGUCACAAUCAUGAAUUCCCUGUGAGUAAGCAGAAAAGCCACAAUCAUGUACUUCCUGUGAGUGAGCAGAAGAGUCACAAUUAUGUACUUCCUGUGAGUGAGCAGAAGAGUCACAAUCAUACACUUUCUGUGAGUGAGCAGAAGAGUCACAAUCAUACACUUUCUGUGAGUGAGCAGAAGAGUCAAAAUCGUGUACUUCCUGUGAGUGAGCAGAAGAGUCACAAUCAUACACUUCCUGUGAGUGAGCAGAAGAGUCAGAAUCAUGAAUUCCCUGUGAGUAAGCAGAAGAGCCACAAUCAUGUACUUCCUGUGAGUGAGCAGAAGAGUCACAAUCGUGUACUUUCUGUGAGUGAGCAGAAGAGUCACCAUUGUGCACUUCCUGUGAGUGAGCAGAAGAGUCACCAUCAUGCACUUCCUGUGAGUGAGCAGAAGAGUCACAAUCAUGCACUUCCUGUUAGUAAGCAGAAGAGUCACAAUCAUGUACUUCCUGUGAGUGAGCAGAAGAGUCACAAUCAUACACUUCCUGUGAGUGAGCAGAAGAGUCACAAUCAUGAAUUCCCUGUGAGUAAGCAGAAAAGCCACAAUCAUGUACUUCCUGUGAGUGAGCAGAAGAGUCACAAUUAUGUACUUCCUGUGAGUGAGCAGAAGAGUCACAAUCAUACACUUUCUGUGAGUGAGCAGAAGAGUCACAAUCAUACACUUUCUGUGAGUGAGCAGAAGAGACAAAAUCGUGUACUUCCUGUGAGUGAGCAGAAGAGUCACAAUCAUACACUUCCUGUGAGUGAGCAGAAGAGUCAGAAUCAUGAAUUCCCUGUGAGUAAGCAGAAGAGCCACAAUCAUGUACUUCCUGUGAGUGAGCAGAAGAGUCACAAUCGUGUACUUUCUGUGAGUGAGCAGAAGAGUCACCAUCGUGCACUUCCUGUGAGUGAGCAGAAGAGUCACCAUCAUGCACUUCCUGUGAGUGAGCAGAAGAGUCACAAUCAUGUACUUCCUGUUAGUGAGCAGAAGAGUUACAAUCAUGUACUUCCUGUUAGUGAGCAGAAAAAUCACGAUCAUGUACUUCCUGUUAGUGAGCAGAAGAGUCACAAUCAUGUACUUCCUGUUAGUGAGCAGAAGUCACAAUUACGUACUUCCUGUGAGUGA